UAAUGGCGAAUAGAGCUUCCAACGAGUAUUUCAAACUUCCAUCUCAGUUUCUCUAUUCAGUGAAACCAUGAAUAGUUUCAAUGAAGAAUCAACAAAUGAUCAGGUUGGACAGAGAAGUUACUGGAGAUGGAGCAAGCAAGAUUUCUUCCCAGAAGAAUCCUUCAAAAAUUGGGGAACCUAUAGAUCUGCCUUGUCGCAAAUUUGUUUCCGGCUGAAGGAUAGGAUCAAAGGCAGGUCGGACGAUGUUGUCGAGGUCGAGGAGCUCAGGAAACGGAGCGAGAACGACAUGAAACGUUGCCUAAACUGGUGGGAUCUCACGUGGAUUGGAUUGGGAGGUCACAUCGGAGCCGGCAUUUUUGUGCUCACUGGCCAAGAAGCUCAUAAACAUGCCGGACCAGCCAUUGUCCUGUCGUAUGUCGUAGCGGGUGCAUCUGCAAUGCUUUCAGUCUUCUGCUACACGGAAUUUGCGGUAGAAAUCCCCGUGGCAGGUGGAUCUUUUGCUUACUUGAGGGUAGAACUAGGUGAUUUCGUUGCAUUCCUAGCGGCAGGGAACAUACUCCUGGAAACCGUUGUUGGGAAGGCAGCAGUUGCCAGGGCUUGGACUUCCUACUUCACAAACUUACUGAACCGUCCCUCCAACUCGUUGCGCAUUCAUACGAGUCUUCGAAACGGUUACAAUCUCCUGGACCCGAUCGCCGUUGCUGUUCUGUUUAUUACUGCCACAAUUGCAAUGAUCAGCACAAGGCAGGCUUCGCGCAUCAAUUGGAUAGCAUCUGUAAUCAACACUGUGGCAAUUCUUUUCAUCAUAAUUGCAGGAUUCAUUCAUGCAGACACUUCUAAUUUAACACCUUUUAUGCCUUACGGGCCUAAAGGGAUCUUCCAAGCAGCGACUGUUGUAUAUUUUGGGUAUACUGGAUUCGAUAGUAUAUCUAACAUGGCUGAGGAAACAAAGAACCCCUCGAAAGAUAUACCCAUAGGACUGCUCGUAUCUAUGUCGAUCAUCACGGUGACAUACUGCUUGAUGGCUCUUGCGCUUAGCAUGAUGCAGAAGUACACUGAAUUAGACGAAAAUGCAGCCUUCUCUGUUGCUUUUCAAAGCGUGGGACUAAGGUGGGCGAAGUAUCUGGUAGAUCUUGGAGCUCUGAAGAGCAUGACGACCGUUCUUAUUAUUGGGGCCCUUGGCCAAGCACGGUACACCACUCAUAUUGCGCGAGCCCACAUGAUCCCGCCGUGGUUUGCCCUUGUCCACCCCAAAACUAGAACUCCCAUCAACGCAACUCUUCUGAUUACCAUUUCAAGUGCUCUCAUGGCUUUCUUCUCAGGCCUGGACAUACUUGCAAGCUUGUUAUCUGUAAGCACGCUAUUCAUUUUCACAAUGAUGGCAGUCGCUGUUCUUGUGAGGAGAUACUAUGUACGAGAUAAAACACCUCGACAGAACCUGCCGAAGCUGGUUGCUUUCUUGCUGAUAAUUGUAGCAUCCUCUAUAGGGACUUCAGCUUACUGGGGAUUGAACUCAAAUGGCUGGAUUGGGUAUUGCGUAACUGUACCACUUUGGUUCUUGGGCACUUUAGGGAUUUACAAGUUCUUGCCACAGCAGAGAACGCCAAAAGCUUGGGGAGUUCCUCUCGUCCCAUGGAUUCCAUCAUUGUCUAUAGCAACAAAUGUGUUUCUAAUGAGUUCAUCGGGUUCUGCAGCUUUCCUACGAUUUGUAAUAUGCACCAUAGUAAUGCUCAUGUACUAUCUUCUCUUUGGGCUCCAUGCAACCUAUGAUAUGGCACAUCAGCCACAGCAACCCGAGGCAAAACCUCAGCAGGCGGACAUUGAAGACGAAGGCCAAAGCAACACGAGGGAGGCACAUGUUUCUUUCCCUUAAAAGUCUCACAGUUUUCGAGCUCUAAAUAUCUAUCGGCCAUUUAGGCGCACAAACAAAUCAGGAAGAGACUUCAGCAAGUUUUAGAUAGAUCGUAGCAAGAAUCUGUCUCUUCCUUGCCAGAAGCAAUAGAGUUAAUAGUGUUUCUGCCAUUUAAUCUCCAUAGCCUUACAUGCUUUCAUUAUGCAGCUGCCUCUUGAGCAAAAUUUCUUCAGUCGGUGAGAAGCUUCUCUGCAUUCAUUUCACCGAGAAUACCCGAAAUCAGUGCCAAGAGACGUGUUCCAGUAGAACACAAACUUUGACUCAGACGAUCGAUCUCACAAGAGUUAUCGUAGAUAGCUAUUGACCUUCUAUACACAUUUUGUCAUACUAGAAGAACCACAAUGCACAAUAACAACUGUUACAUUCUACCAUCACUCCAGCAAGUUCUGGCUUUUACUGAUGCUUUAGGAAUUUCCGACUGCUACAUCAAAUCACUCAGCACCCCGACACUUGACUAAGAUGCAUUUCCACUGGUUUCUUGUUCCUUCUGAUGCAUGCAAACCAACAUGCCAGGUAAACACGGAACGAAUCCAAAAGCUUCCAAUUCGAUUCGAGAGGGACUUGUAUUGUACGCUGAGAUUUCUCUUGCUUCUUUUGUUGGACUACAUGCCCACUGGCUCCUGAAGUGGUUUUCGUAACUGAUGAAAGCAGGGCACUUGACUUGGAAUUACAAGAGAUGUAUCUCAUACUUUGGAUUAGUAACCACACGUUUCUUGUAA